AUGAUCUCAAUAAGAUCACCCAGGAGGCAUGCUGAGCUGCGCCAACUCCUCGACCUCACAACCCUUGCUGCUGCCGGUAUGCUGCUUCUAUCACCUCCUCCUUCUCUUACCAGGCUCGCCGUCCUCACAUCCACAUAUCCCCCUCUCCUGCACUCCUGCCUCAUCUCUGUGAUUUUCCCAAAACUUCUCCCACCCGUUCCUGCUGCCGCCUGGCGUGCACUGUCCCCCUUCCCACCCUCCCCCCGUUCUCCCUCCCUACAUCUCGCCCUCCGUUUCCGCCUUUUCUUCCUUUUCGCUCUCCCUCUCACUGUCGAUGUGGCAUCAGUGGCAGCCUCUGCCCUUCUCCUUCUCUCUCUUUGGAUGCACGGAUCAAAACGUUACCUUCUCUUCACGUCCUCUGCUGCUCUAUCCACUGUGCUUGCACUCUUCUGGAGCUACACCCUGCUACAGUACGUAUUGCUGAAUACCUACCCGGCUACAGUACCAAUCUACUUUUGA